AUGUCAUCUGCAAGCUGUCUCCUCUCUGAAGAGCAGUUUCUGUGCUCCAUCUGUUUGGAUCUGUUCAAAGAUCCACUCACCACACCAUGUGGACACAACUUCUGCAAGAACUGCAUUACCCAGCAUUGGGAUGUAAAUCACUGUUCUCAGUGUCCACUGUGUAAGAGAGAUUUUGGUGCAAGACCUGAGCUAGAAAUCAACACCUUCAUCCGCGAGAUGGUUGCUCAGUUCAGCCUUAAAGCUCAGCAGAAAGCCAGUGGCAGUAGCUCAGAGCAACAAGCUGCCAAACCAGGAGAAAUUCCCUGUGACCUGUGCUCUGAAACCCAACUGAAAGCCCUGAAAUCCUGCCUGGUGUGUCUUCUCUCCUACUGUGAGACUCACCUAGAGCCUCAUCUGACAGUGCCAAGACUGAAGAAACAUCAGCUGUUGGAGCCUGUGAAAAACCUAGAAGAAAUGUUGUGUAAGGAACAUGAUAAACCUCUAGAACUGUUCUGCAAGACUGACCAGACGUGUAUCUGCUCCCUCUGCUCGGUUUUAGACCACAAGAGUCACCAGUUUGUCCCUCUUAGCCACCAAUAUGAAGCAGUUAGGGUGGAGUUGAAACAGAUGGAACCUGAACUUAAGAAGAAAAUCCAGGCUAAUAGACUGAAAGUUCAAGAGAUCAAAGAGGUGAUAAAAAUCUCUAAAGAUGCUGCCGAUAGAGAGAAAACAGAAGGUGUUCAGGUCUUCACUGCUCUGAAGGAGUCUGUUGAGAAAGCCUUAGAGGAGCUAAUAAAUGAGAUAGAAGAGAAACAGAAAACUACAGAGAAACAGGCUGAAGUCUUCAUCAAAGACCUGGAACAGGAAAUCUCAGAGUUGAUUAAGAAGAGCUCUGAGGUGAAGAAACUCUCACAGGCUGAAGACUACCUCAGCCUCCUCCAGAGUUUCUAUUCCCUAAAAGCUGCUCUACCCACCAAGAACUGGACAGAGAUCAGCAUCCACCCACCUUCAUACGAGGGGACUGUAGUAAAUUUUGUGAACAAGAUGGAGAAGACGACAAAGAAAUUCUGCAGUGAGGCUAAGCUCAGAAGAGUCCAGCAAUAUGCAGUGGAUGUGACCUUUGAUCCCAACACAGCACAUCCUGCACUGAUUCUGUCUGGUGAUGAAAAGCGUGUUCACUGUUGUCAGGCAAAAAAGAAAUCUGAAAAAGAUCCCAAAAGAUUCACACUUUACCACAAUAUUUUAGGAAAGCAAGGAUUCUCUUCAGGCAGAUUUUACUUCGAGGUUAGAGUUCGAGGAAAAAAUCACUGGACUCUAGGUGUUGCCAGAGAGUCAGCUGACAGGACGGGACCAAUCCAACUGAGCCCUGAAAAUGGCUACUGGACCAUAGGGUUUAGAAGAAAUAAGUUCAGGAUUUUUGAUGACACUCACAGUGAAAUCUUUUAUUUUACACAACCUAAAAAAGUUGGGGUGUUUGUGGAUUUUGAGGCGAAUCUGGUCUCCUUUUAUAAUGUAAAUACUUCAGACUGUCUUCACACUUUUUACUCUUCCCUGCCUCCUGAAAAAAUGUAUCCCUUCUUCAGUCCUGGUCCUAAUCCUGAUGGUAAAAACUCAGUACCCCUCUUCAUAUCUCCUGUCCAUCAAACUUUUUAG